AUGGCAAUAGAAAAGAUUACUUCUUUAAAGUCUCGAGUGAAAACAUUUGAAGGAGAUGAAUGGGGUACCCCGCAGCACAGCGCAGAAAUACUUGCAUAUGCUGGGUUUGCAAGGGAUUUAUCUGAAAAGUCUGCCGAUGCGGUGAUCUGUCAGUUCUGCGGGAAGGCACUCGAUGGCUGGGACAAGGAAGACAUUCCCUGGAAGGAGCACAAGAUGCACUCGUCUGACUGCAUUCUCUUCCAUAUGCAUAAAGCCCAGGCCCGGAUGGAGUCAUUCAAGUGGGGAGAGCACAGGAUGGUAGGCCCUGCCAGAGUAAGUGCUGCCUCGCACGGUCUGUUUCUGUACAACAUAGAGGACAAUGUCCCAAAUAUGUUCUGCUUCAACUGCGGGUUUAACUGCAGAAUAUCUGGGGAGGAGAGGGCCCACACAGGCCCGCGUAUAAAAGAGCUGCACGGGUGGCACAACAAAAAAUGCAGCAUGGAAAUUGCAGAGAUAGAGAACCGGAUGUUCAUUGAAGAUGAUCUAGACGAGAACUCAUACUUUUACAUGCAGCUCAUUGCAGGAAAGGUAGACACAGCAAAGAUGCCUGUAUAUACGAUUGGUCUCCCAGAGACGGCCAUAAAUAACAUUGAGCUGAAAACUGAAAGUGGCACGGAGUACAUGACAAGCAGAAGACUGCCGUCAAGAAGAAAUCUGAGUGAAGAGAAAAAGAAGACAGUGCCAGAGGAGAAUUCAAGCACUAAGAAGAAGAGCACCCUAAAAAGAAAAAAAAGUGAAGAUUCACAGACACCAGAAACUGAGGAGAGUGGAAACAAUGAAAACAGGUUUACGCCUACUCUGAAUCCAUCAUCAGAGAAUAUUUCCUUCAUUCAGCAAUCAGCAGAGACAGAAAAGACGCACAGCAGCCAUAGAGAGAGCACUGACCUUCUGAGUAUGUCUGAGAGUCCAGAGGUUUUAGAAAAGGUAGAGCCUUCUCUGGACUCCAGUGCAUCAGAGACACGCGAAAUAAUUCCAGAUGAACUUGUAAUACAGCUAAACUACUUUAUCACAUCUGAGGAGAAGGCAGCCCUUCCCAUUAAGACUGCUCUGUACCAGGGCCUGUCAAAGAUGCUUGAGGAGAUCCGGCAAAUAACCAACCAGGACAUAGAGGAUGUCCGCCAGGAAAUAUCACAGCUAUUCCAAUAA